AUGAGACAUAGUAGGGAUACAGUAUCCAGGCUGACGAUGCGUCGUUGUAAGAUUAUUUGUUUUAGAUUUAUAUUUUGCCAAGUGCCGGAGGCACAAAACACAGCCGCAGAGGCUGAACCAUUUCAAUCCGGCGGUUCAGAAUUUAUCCAUAAUGAAAAUGAAUAUGAUUCUGAAGCCGAUGAUGUGGUUAUUCAACAAAACGAAUUAUUAACAAAAUCAGCCUUCCGAAGCCAAUGUAAAGAUUCCGAAAAUUUUGAUAUAGAUGUAAUAGCUUUCUUUCAAAUAUCUUGUAGUAAAAUCCCAGACCUAGUCGAUGAAAAUUCCUGGAAAUAUGAAAUUACAAAAUAUUUUUCUGAAGGCAGGGCUAAUAGUUCAGGAAAUGUAUUGAAUUGGUGGAAGAGGCACGAGGCUGUAUUUCCAAUAUCUAAAAUGGCUAGAAAUUUCUUAAUCAUAUCUGCUCCAUCGGCAUCAAUAGAGAGGAUUUUGUCAAGGACUUCUCUAACAAUUACCAAACGAAGGAAUAUACUAAAUAUUGAAUAUGUUAGAUGUUUAAGGUCUUUAAAUUUUUGGACGCCUAAUAAAGCGAUUUAA